AUGAGUGUCGACGAGUUCUCGAUGCGGCGCCUCCGUGGCUCAACGCGCAACCCCAACCCGGCUGACCGUAAUAUCUCGUGGGCUCUAGAAAGACUGAACGUGCGACUCAAGGGUUGUUUCGCUAAUAUCCUGCCAGGAUCCAGUGAGCGGCACUCGGCAAAUAACCUCGGCGAGAGAUUGAGCAUUCCUGGUGCCGGCGGCCCUGUGAGACAGCCGGUAACAGGACAAGAGCGAAAGUUCGAGGCCUUUGACGACGGCCGACAUCCUCCCAAAACCAAGCUCCGCACGUGUGACCUGGUGCGGCCGAACCUCCGCGACUUCUUUGUGUCGAUAUUGGGCCCGUCCGGCGAACCAUGGGGCGAAGAUGCCACGAUAAGAGGGCUCGUCGGCUGGGCGAGAGAAAGAGGUCUGGAUAAUGUGCCUCCAGAGGAUAUUAAUAAUGACAAUAUGUUCGAUGAGGUGUUGUUGGAGGCGAGAGAAAAGCUAUGGCUCGGCCUGUGGGCGCACUUACGAACUACGAGUUGGUUGCUUCCGCACAUCCAGAUAGGUUUAAACACGGUCCCCAUGAGCGUCUACACCCAUUUGGAAUCGGAUCGGCAGGUGAACUAUGCUCCUUUCUUGUCGGCGCCUGUCAGGAGCGUUAUCCGCUCCAUUAUACGAGCUCGCGUCCAGCCCGGCCGAUAA